GCCAGGCUUGUCACAGGAUCUGCGAGGAAGGAUGGCAGCAGGAACACUCCGCUUGCUCGCUCUGCUGCUCAUUUCUCUGGCGUUCCCCAAGCUCAGCCACACCCUGACCAAGGCAGAGAAGCAAGAGCUAGUGGAUGCACACAACAAGUUCCGCUCUUCAGCAUCCGAUGCAUCCAACAUGCUGACAAUGAAAUGGGAUGGACAUUUAGAAAAAGUUGCGAAGAAAUAUGCAAGUAAAUGUCUCUGGAAACACAAUAUCAACAGAGGGAAUGUUGGAGAAAAUUUGUUUGCAACGAAUGGCCCAUUAGACCCAGCAACGGGAGUCGAGGACUGGUACUUAGAGAUUUUUGAUUACACAUAUGAGAAUAUGAGCUGUACUCCAGGGAAAAUGUGUGGACAUUAUACACAGGUUGUCUGGGCAACUACUAACAAAGUGGGUUGUGCUUCGUAUUUUUGUGAUCAUCUACAAGGUCUGGAAAAUAAAAACCUGUCUAUUCUGGUUUGCAACUAUGCACCUCCCGGUAACAUAGUUGGUUCGAGACCAUUUAAAAGAGGAAUACCCUGCAGUGAGUGUCCAGAUGGAUUGCAGUGUGUUAAUAAUCUUUGUGCAUCUAAAUCAAAGGCAUCAGCAUCUAAAUCAAAGGCAUCAGCAUCUAGUUCAAACUCAACAGGUUCUCAGGGAAAAGAAAGCACCCAACAUAAUGAAAAAUCAGCACUGUGCUAUAAUGUUGUUUUUACACUUGUGAUAAAGCAUACCUAAGACGUUGCUCAUCUGGACGUUGGACAUCCUGCUGGCAGCAUGUUCUCACAGUGCAGUGGCACUGUCAAGGGCAAAACACCAGCCUUUGAUUGUUGGCAAUUCUCACCAGAGGGGCUUCUAGUUCCAGGAAUUUGAUUUUGAAUGAGCACUCAUCAUUGCCAUCCAAAUUGCCUGAUUAGAGGAAGAUACUGCAGGCCUUGUUGCAUAGUCAGCUUGGGUGUGCCACCAUUUCUUCAGCAAGUGAGCGGGGCACCCAAUGACAGUGGAAGAUUCCAUUCUUAUUUUUAAUGAGUGAAAAUUCUGGAAAGUAUACAUGCCUAUGAGUCUGGUUAAAAUAUCUUUAGUUGUUUGGCCAUAACUUGAGUAUUACUGAAAAACACAUGUUGUUGAAACUUCAUUUUGCACUCAUCAGGAUUAUUUACAAGAAAUACCAAAGUAAAGUGGUUGUUCAAAGCAUCGCGAUGAGUAAUGAGCCCAUGAAUUACCAUCAUUUGUUUUGCCAACUGAAAUAGACACAUUGUUCUUUCUGUCUGUGUACUAAUGUAUAUCUGUGUACUAAACUACUUUUCAGUGCAAUUCAUCACAUACUCAGGAUUAUUCAACAAAUAUUGUCCAAUCAUAGAAUUACAUCUAACGUUAGACACUGUUGUGAGUUUUACAAGUGCAUGCUGAUUGGGUGCGGACAGUAUCUUGCAUGUUGUGAACAGUAAAAGGAAUAUGAUUUUUGAUUCCAUCUGCCAAUCUUUAGGGCAUAGAGUCCAUAUACUUAGCAUCUGUGCAGGCACUGUAUGAUAGUCAUUUAUGUGAUAGGCACAAUUUGUUUGGCUGCUCAGUAACGUUCUGUUAGUGAAUAUAUCGAAGCUACGUGUAGAAAAAUACAAUACUCUCUUCUUGCAGAUAGAAUGUAUACUCUUGUUCCUGUUUCAAUUCAACAGUGUAGGGGGCAGCCUUUUCUGAUUCAUUGCUUAGGGUAAUUUUUGCCCAAUUAGAAUUAAUCUACCAGGUUUAACAUUUAAACAGAACUUGGUAGUUAACUGACAUUCACCAUGAACUGGCCCAUUGUCCAUACAAUAUCUCUACUUGUCAAUCAACCGACACUCUCCUUCACAAUUUUUAAAAAUUUACUUCUAAAUUCCUUCUUCACUGUCCUGAUGAAAAGCUUCUACAAGACUCUUUUCAGCAAUAAUGUAGAUUAUUUUAAAGUUUAACAAGGUUCCUCUUAACCAUUAUGUUUUCAAACUUAAAUAUAAUCAACUAAGAUUUAUUCAUGUUGAUAUUCUAUUUACUACUAUUCCUGUUGCUCUGCCAAUGAAUAUUCUUUACUUAUUGUGAGGUGAUAUAAUCUGAACCCAAUACUCCAAGAAAUAAUGCAUCGUAAAGUCUGGACUCUUGAGUUUUUAAUGAUCUGGCUAUAAUAAUUACAAUAAUUUUGAAAAUUGCUUCCUUACUUUACGAUUGAAAAUGACAUAGUGAACAAUUAGUAUAAUGCUAGUACUUAUAGUCAGAACAGUAGAAGACAAUGUUCCAAAAAUUCCAAAAAACUUCUCUUCAUAUUCUCCGAGUCAGUCCUGUCAACGGUUGGCAGUUGAAUAAGCAGUGAAUGGAAGUCAAGAAAUCUAUCAUUGCCCAAAUUAUUUUGGGGGUUUGGGAUGUGAACUGCAAGUAGUUGCAUGAUGUUUAGUCAGUCCCAUUGCUCAAGGUAUUAUCAUAUAAUUAACUGCUAUUGUACUGGCAAAUCAAGUUAAGUAACACACACGGAACAUUAACUUCUCAGGAUUUAUGUUCAGCAUGAUAGGCAAUAUAGAGAAAGAAAGCAUGUGAAGGAAGGUAACCCAGUUUUAAGAGUACUGUUUGAAUAUGAGGAUGUUAUCUAAUUACUGGGUA